UUGUUUGGAUUUAAUUAUAGAAUUUCGGACUUCGCAUAAAAUAACUCGACAAAUUUAAUUACUAUUCCUAUUUAGAUAAUUCAUUCAGUCAUGAUAAGCGUGCAUUGUAUGGUGUCGUUUUGCUGCAAGUGCAUAUAUCAAGUGAAGUGAUCAUGCUUUUCACACCAAUUAUAAAACGAAAGAAAGAUAUUAACAAAAAAAAUGGCCAACCUUUUCCUGAUGGAUGUGUAGUAAAAGGAAUGUUUACCGGCAUUUCUGUUGAAGUAUACAGCUCCACAGGUAUUAAACUAUUGUACGAGAAUGGUUAUUAUGGAAAAGGCAGCAAAUCUAAAGGAGCGCCAAAUGUAGUCAGCAAAGACAACAUCGACGGUAACGAAUGCCUCACACUGGAAUUGGAAGAGUCGUGUUUUUUAUCGUAUUACGUUAGAGUUUUAUUUAUUCAUGAUUGGAAAGGCAGGGAAGUUCAGUGGCGACAGUUCGUUACUUUAGCAAAGGAAAUCAAUCCGAAUUUCUUGGAAUGCCUCGCUGCCUACCUGUAUCUAAAAGCUAAGGGAUGGGUAAUAAAAAGUGGAAUAAAAUUUGGUGGCAAUUUCUUGAUUUAUAAAAAAGGUCCGCGCUUUAACCACGCAAGCUUCAUUAUAUUUGUCCGACCUACACCUGAAACUAACAUUACAACAAUAGAUCUUAAAGGAAUUCAACGCAUCGCUGAAACGUCGGAUAAAGAUAUAUUGCUGUUAGAAAUCUCAAAACCAAAUGUCGUAACCCUCGGCACAAUUUUUGAUAUAAGACAAUUCAGAGUUUCAGAAACCAUAAUUCGUCGGUUCAACAGCACUUCAUAUGUACAAAGCUAUAAGUUAAAAUAAAUAUAAUUUACAUUUUU